GUCGCAUCAAAACAACUUGAGCUUGAAUGUGAUUGGUUUUUCAUUUAGCAGAGAGUUAGGUAAUUGUGGGUUAGGGUGCUGAGAAUUUUGUAUGUAAUUAGCCUUGAAUUGGCAUUGCUUCUCAGCCAUUUUAACCUAUAAUAAGGUAUACAUCGUGGAAUGAAGUAUUAGGUAGUAGUACAAGAUGGAGCAGGAUUCUUGUUAAAGAUUUGUUUUUUUCAUGUUGAAACUUGCAACUAGCUCUUUCCUGUAUUCCAGCUCUAAAUGAAAAAGAAUAUUGGACAUGUAGAUGUCGAUAGUGAUUCGUGUGUGUCAUAUUUCGCGGAAAUAUUUCUGUUUAUCAUAAAGUUGAUGAAAGUAUAUGGUAACAAUUAUACACUUUCCAAAUUAGUUGAGUCAUUUUUGCUGAAUAUUAGAACAAGCAGCAAGAUUUUCCACAGGACUCGUACAGCUUAUUGGAUGCUGGACUUAUUAUCAGUUCUCUAGGACACAGUAAGGUGAUCAGGAAAUGAUGGAUGAUAAUGCAGAAAUCGACUUUACCCUGGCACUCCAGCUUCAGGCUCAGUUUGAGGAAGAGCUUAGAGCAAGUAUCCAGAGUCAAGAAGCAACUCACUUGAAAUCUUUAUUGGAGGUGAACUCCAGCAUCUCCGGAUCAAACAGUAAAAUGAAACGUAAGAAUUUUGGGGACCUAGAUGAGCCUCCUCAAGAGAAGCUGUCCGUGUCUCUCAUUGACCACUCAUGGGAGCUGAUUGACCCUAACCCUGACCUCCACACACUCUUUCUCACAUUUGACAAACAGUUCUUUUGGGGUCGGUUGUAUCAAGUGGAGGUGAAGUGGAGCCCUAGAAUGACCUUGUGUGCAGGUGUGUGCAGCUAUGAAGGGCGAGGUGGUCUCUGCUCCAUCCGUCUCUCACUCCCUCUCUUGAAGCUUAGGCCACGCAAAGACAUGAUUGAAACAUUACUGCAUGAAAUGAUUCAUGCUUACCUGUUUGUGACGGCAAAUAACAGAGACCGUGAUGGCCAUGGUCCUGAGUUCCACAAACAUAUGUAUCGCAUCAAUGGUGUAGCUGGAACAAAAAUUUCUGUGUACCACAGCUUUCAUGAUGAAGUUGACCAGUACCGCCAACACAUCUGGCAGUGUGAUGGGCCAUGCCGGCAUCGUAGGCCAUACUUUGGACUGGUGAAGAGAUCCAUGAACCGUGUUCCUGGGCCUCGUGAUCCAUGGUGGGGACAGCACCAGCAAUCUUGUGGAGGCUCGUACACCAAAAUCCAAGAGCCAGAAGGCUAUGGGGUCAAGAAGAAGAAGGGAAGUUCUGCAGCUGAGAAGAAAAACAAGGGUGCGGACAUCAGGAAACUCUUUGGAAGCACAUCAAAGGAUAAUUCUGCAGACAGGGAAGGAAAGAAAAAGGGAAAUACAAGUCCACCACUUAAGGAAAAUAUUCCAGGCUACAGUGGCAGCACCUCAAACUCAUCUUUCAGGGGCACAGGGUCAGAGGGGCCUGACAAAGGGAAAGGGCCUUCAAAUAUACAUGGAUUUGGUAGUACAGCAACAGGAACAGUAAGACAGGUGAAUGUGAAUAAUGCUAGAAGAUCAAAAGUACAUGGAUUUGGUGGCAGUGGCUCUCCUGCCAAAAAGAAACCACGAAUAGGAGGGAAAGGAACAAGCAUGGGAUCUAGUGGUUCAGUCAGUGGAGCUAUGAAAGGAGGUUCAGGAAUAGCUCUAGCUUCCCGUGGUGGAGGAUCUAAAACAGUAACUGUGAAGGGGAAAGGUAACACUAGCCACCAAACUGAGAAAGACACAGAAACUGUGCAAGCUGGUGCACCUCCUGUGACACCAUUCAAGGGAACAGGCCAUAGUUUAGGUGGUCCGUCAUCUGGGGUUUCGAGACUGAUGUCAUUAUCAGCCCCAACUAUUCAGACAUCAGACCCACGGACAAAGUCACCAAAAGACACCCUUCAGAUUAAAGAUUCUGACAAUGCAAAUUCACAGUUUAGUGGUAAAAGGAACACCUAUGUGUCUGGUACAACUGGCUGGAUAUCACCAUCAAAGGGAAAGUCACCAAUGAAAGGGAAAAGUGUAUCUCCAUGUCCUCAAAAAUCAAUUGAUAAAUUCUUCAAGCCAUCCACAUUUCAACCUUCUGAACCUAAGGAUGAAAGUGGCGUUAAGUGUCCAGUAUGUAGCAAAUGUGUGUCAAAGAGACAUAUUAAUAAGCAUCUGGAUGAAUGCAUAGGUGACUUUGAUGAUGAUGACAAUGACUUUGAAAAUAAUGAAAAAAACAACAAAGUUACUAAGAAUAAUAAACAGAACUUAGGUGUAAAUACCUCUGAUGAAAGGGUAGUACUUUUGUCCAGUGAUGAUGAUGAUGGCUAUCUGAAUGGCAACACAAACAAAGUUUUACCAUGUUCUUCUAGGACUGGCAGAACAACAGAAAUAGUCACUUUACCAGAACAGUUGUUUCCAUGUCCUGUGUGCAAUGACAUGUUUUCAGAGGCAGCAAUGAAUCAACAUCUAGAUUCUCACUUUUAGUGGUUGAGUAUAUUUAACCCAUUCACGAUGGGCAUGUCACGUACGUCCAUGCCAUGCCCACUGUGAGUUUACUUGUUUAAUUGUUUUUGCUCAUAGAUGGCUACACUUGUACUAAAUCACCAAUAAGCCAAUUAUAAGUACUGCCUGUGUCGCCCAUUUAUCCUUUUCUUUAAUUUAUGAAAAUAUAUUACGUUAAUGUUUAUAACAUUAUAGUAGUUAUAAUGUUUAUAAUAAAAAUAACACCAUCAAUAUAUAUAGCACUAGUAAAAAAUACAUUUUCC